GCAGAGACAGAGCAAAGUGAGCAGAUCACCUGGACACAAUGAAGUCCUUCUUUGGGGUUUUUCUCUGUUGCCUCUCAUUUCUCCUGGCGGAUAUCUCUGCAAGCUACAGUACUCCAUCAGAGAUUUUAGCCCAGAGUUAUGCACAAAGAAGAAAUUACGGGAAUCCACCAAACGCCAGACCACCACAGAGGACACUUAAUCCAGCAGCUACUGACUCCCAGUGUAGGAGCCGCCCACUGGACCUUGUGUUUAUCAUUGACAGCUCCCGUAGCGUGCGGCCAGGUGAGUUUGAGAAGGUCAAGAUUUUCCUUUCAGACAUGGUGGACACGCUGGACGUCAGUGCAGAUGCCACUCGUGUUGCCGUGGUGAACUACGCCAGCACGGUCAAAAUUGAGUUCUUCCUCAAGGACCAUCUCAGGAAGGAAAGCUUGAAGCAAGCAAUCAGCUUGAUUGAGCCCCUGGCUGCAGGCACCAUGACCGGCCUGGCCAUUAAGAAGGCCAUGGACGAAGCCUUCACCGAGAAGUCAGGAGCCCGACCCAAGUCAAAGAACAUCUCGAAGGUGGCCAUUAUUGUCACAGACGGACGUCCUCAGGACCAGGUAGAGGAGGUUUCCGCUGCAGCCCGGGCCUCGGGGAUCGAAAUUUAUGCUGUGGGAGUGGAUCGGGCCGACAUAGGCUCGCUGAAGCUCAUGGCUAGCAACCCGCUGGAUGACCACGUCUUUUACGUGGAAACCUAUGGAGUCAUCGAGAAGCUCACCUCCAAGUUCCGGGAGACUCUGUGCGGCGUAGACGCCUGUGAAAUGGGGCACGACUGUCAGCAUAUUUGUGUUGGAAACACCACCUCCUAUCACUGCAAGUGUCGCCCUGGCUAUGUUUUGAACGAGGACAAGAGAACAUGCUCCAUAGCUAAUGAUGGUGCCGGCAAUCAACGCACUGAUGGCUUCAACAAUGGUCACAACGAUGGUGAAAGUAGUGCCAGUGUGGAUGCCUGUGCACUGGGUCAUAACUGUCAGCACACUUGUGUGGGCAGCGGCUCCUCCUAUUACUGCACAUGCCCCCCCGGCUUUGUCUUGAUGGAGGAUAAGAGAUCAUGUUUCAAGGCCACUAAUGAUGAUGGUGAUGGUAGUGCCAGUUUGGACCACUGUGCAAUGGGACAUGACUGUGAGCACAUCUGUGUCAGCGGUGAUGGCUCCUAUCACUGCGAAUGCCGGAUGGGCUUUGUCUUGAACGGAGACAGGAAAACAUGUUCACUUGCAGGUUUGGACCAUUGUGGAAUGGGACAUGACUGUGAGCACAUUUGUGUCAGCAGUGAUGGCUCCUAUCACUGCGAAUGCCGGAUGGGCUUUGUCUUGAAUGAAGACAAGAAAACAUGUUCACGUAAGACCAUGAAGGUGGAAAUAGUGCAGGAUCCAUGUCUUUGUGAAGCCAGACUGGCCUUCCAGAGGCAAACACAAACCUCCAUCCAGAACCUCAAUUCCAAACUAGCUGACGUCACCAGGAAAGUUGAGCAAAUGGAAAGAAUGCUGGCUCGGAUGUAAUAGGCCAUGCUUUGGUUAGCCUGGCGUUGUAUAGCUUCAGCUACCUGCUGUGUGGACCACGGAAGCGGAGGAAACCUCUCCACUGCUUUUCCAUUUUACCAAAGCUGCACGAUGGACCAUCCUGACCUCCAGCAGACCACAAGAGCUUCAGUGCAUCUGGGACACAAGGAGCAAGCUCAUGAUCAAGUC